AUGGCAGAACAGCAGAUCACGCUUACCGACCUCGACCCGAACCAGCUGCAGGAGGUCAAGAAGCAGCUUGAUGAGGAACUGGACCACCUCACCUCGUCGUUCGCACAGCUCAAGCAGGCGCAGGCAAAGUUCCGGGGAUGCGUUGGGGAUAUUGACGAGCUCAAGCCGGCGGUGAAGGACCGCGAGGUGCUCGUGCCGCUCCUCUCGUCACUGUACGUCCCCGGCAAGUUGGGGGACACGAGCCACGUCAUCGUCGACGUCGGGACAGGAUACUACGUCCGCAAGACCCGCGAGGAGGCCAAGAAGCACUACAACGACAAGGCGGCUUUUGUACAGAAGAACCUCGAGACGUUACAGAAGACUAUUGAGCGCAAGCAGGAGAACGCGCAGAGUGUCGUGCAGGUGCUCCAGAUGAAGCUGCAGGAGGGUGUGCGGCGGCGCAAGUAG